GGUGUUUCCUUCACUAUGUUCUGUUUUGUCUCUUAUGUGACCUUUCGAUAUGCACUCUCUGCCUCCUCUGUUCCGGCCGGGCUCUCUUCGCUUGUGCAAUCGGCGCUUCGCGCUGGCCAGAUUAUCUGGAGAUGAUUUCGUCCCCAUCUUUCACUUUCACUUUCACUGCACCGGUUGAGGCAGAUCUGCGGCAGUUGCCCGAGCGGCAGUCGCGACGUCUUGGCACCCUGGGUCGUGAUUUCCACCUUUGUCGCGGAUACCUCCACCUCGUCCCUCGCCGCCACCAUCAUGGCCUCCUUCCUCAAGUCCACGCGCCUGGCAAAACUCGCUCGCAUGGGCUCCUCUUCGAAGGCACAUCCCGGCGAUGAGGUCGUCAACCCCCUCGAUUGCAUCUUUAGCUGCUCCGUUUGCGCGAAUACGUUCUCCGAGGUCUAUGACGGCCGCGACGAGACAGUCCAGGGCCUUUCCGACGGCAUCAACCCAAAGGAACGCCUUGUUACAAGGCUCUAUGUUUCCAGCUGUGGUCAUGUCAUCUGCACCAAGCACAUGGAAGGCGGCGGCCCGCCCUUUCAUCCCGCCGGGACACGUCCUCGGGCUCCUUGCCCGGUUUGCGCAAAGGAGAAAGGCGAAGACCACCCGCGCGAGCUUUACUCGGUCCGCGGCUUCAAAGAGGGUCAAUACGACCCUGCGAUCUCUAAACACUGGUUCUCUACGCCGCCGAUGAAGCUGGACGGGGCUAGCAAGGAAAUGGAGGCUUUCCGAUUCCAGUACGUCGCAUUGAUUCGGUACAGCAAGAGCAUAACGACCACUCUUCGUCAGGUUGAGAAAGGCGUCGCCGUUUUGCAGAACAAGCUAUGCAACGCGGAGGACUUGGCAUCUAGAGAACACGCCAAAGUGCUGUCGCUGGAGCAAGACGUUGAACGAUUGCGACAAUUCGAGCAGGAUGCGCAGAAGCUUGAGAGAUUUCAGGCGAGGUUACCGGCGAUUGAGCACUACCUGCGGCUCCUGCCCACGUUGGUUGAGCAAAACGACCUGAUGCGAAAGCGUCUCGCUACGCUUGGCUUCCAGAUGGCGCUGGAGCCCAUUCCUAACCAGAAAGAGCCUUUCCCUCUCGACGAGAAUGGCAAGUUCAUGGCAGAUUCCUCAGGCUUCCCAGAGACGCGGCUACAAAAGACGACUCCGAGCCGCACGGCAGGUUACACAGAGGGUGCCGGCGUAUCAUCCAGCCCGCAGGAGCAACGUCCGUUGAAGCGCCAGAGGGUGGAGUCGCCCCUACAGGGGCACAAUGCCCACGCGCCUCCGACGAGUCGAGACUUGAUGCCACCGCCCACCAAGCCAUUGUCACGAAUGAAGUCAAUGCGCAAGAUCAUCCCGACUUUACGGAAGAAGUUCUCGAGCGGCCGAGCGUCACCCGCGCCAUUUAGUAACCAUGCCUCUGACCCUGACGUGCAGAUGUAUGAUGAUGGUCAUUGGGAAGCCGUCGAUGCGCCCACCCAGCCUAGCAGUGAUCGCGAACGACCUCCGACCCGCCAUGGCUACCGGCAGGAGACACCGUACAUGUCAGGCGCGUUGCCGGUGGAGUGCCCGCGGCAACCGACUGCUUCUCAGGAGUAUCAACUGCUCCCCGGCGUGGGAAUGCGAAACGAGAACGCGGAAUUCACAUUUCGGUCGCAGUCCCCUGUCAAGAUGACUCCGCAGGGGUCCAGUGGUCUACCCACUGAGCGCUCGUAUAUACGUCUGAUGGACGGGUUAUCGCGAGAGACCGGCCUUGACUUGGGGCUCCAGGAUCCGCGUGGGAGCAUUGACAGCCAACAUCCAUCAACUCACCAGCACAGGCAGAUUGCAGACGCUCAGCAGAGCCAUGUUGAAACUAAUGGGGCAAAGCGGCGGAACAGGGGCUACGCAUUUCUCCAUCAGUCGCCUGACAAUGCUCCUUCAUCACUAGCCCAUAACAGCGUCUCGAUUAACCCGGUUACCCCGGCACCCGCACGGUUCCAUCGACCCGUGGAAGAGGUGGAUAAUGUUGUAAGUCCUUUCUUCAAGAGCAGCAAUCGCAAUUCACAAGUGUUUUCACGGCCCGGAGUCGCUGAACGAGAGGAUAGUCACAAUCACUGCGGAGCUUAUCGAUUUCCAAGGCCGAGGGCCACGGAACCCCAGGGAGACUGGCAUGAACCGCGCGGUCUGAAUGGACUCUCGUUCAUGAAUUCGCCUCUGAAUGAGAGGAAUGAGCCUAUUGAGUAUAGAGUCGAGCGUAGGGCUACGGAGUACAUGGCAACUCCACGACACUAUCUGGCCCGAAAUAUCGACUCGCGUGGUUACAUUACGAGGCCAGAGCCCGGGCGGUCUCCAUUUCUCAACGACAGCGCGUAUGGUUCUUUCAACAGGCCCUAUUCUCGCAAAGCCUCGAUACAUUCUCAGUCUGCGAUCCCUUUCCCGUCUUUCGGUCGUUCUUCGCAAUCGCGGGCUGGGCGGCUUCCGCCUACGAUGCCGUCGAUUGUCUCUAGUCGGUCACCGGCUCGGUCGAGACCACAAUGGGAUAAUCUGGAGCGUGUGGGCGUGCGGAGUAGUCACCACUCGCAAGCGCACAUUCCGGGAAUUUCGUUCACGACCCCGUCGAGGGAUUCCUUUUCCAGCACUGGACGACGCAGCGUGAGGAGGUGAUCGACCUUUACACGGUGAGUAUAUCCAAUGCUUUCUUUUUUGUUUUUGUUCUGCCAACUGCCUUCUGCCAACUGCUUGAAGAUUUAU